AUGCAUACGAAACUGCCUUCGCCUUUUCUUGCCCACUUCGAAUCCUUCCGCGCUUGGCGAGUGGAUAUUGAUAGACGUCUGCUUGAAUGGAAGGAUUCAGCUCCGACCCAAUCGGACGCCGGCGUGCAAUUCUCCCCCUUGUUCCUCGAGCUUAACUACUGGCAGGCAUUGAUUAUGCUGUAUCGGCAAAGCCUCGUGGUACCGACCGGGCUGCAGAGUGAACUCGGCAACACGGGUUCAGACGUCGGAAGUCCGUCCAUGAUCAAUGUUGAGGAUCGAGAGGACGAGGACUUGGUUUUUCUCAAGGUGGCUGAAGCGGGUCAGAAGGUGCUGAAGCUGUACCGGCAACUACACCGCGUCCAUUUAGUCAACUACACUUUUCUGGCCACGCACCACCUCUUCAUGGCUGGUGAGUCAAGUCCAUGCCUACAACUGCUCGCCGCUGACUUCUCCCCAGGUAUAUCCUUUCUCUAUGCGGUGUGGCACAGCGUCCAUGUACGCAGCUUACUGGUAUGUAUAGCAGGACGAAUUCGGUGCAACAUUGAUCGCUGGCCUCACAGCUGA